UCAACAACAAAGGCCAAGGCCACUCUUCCAGAGUGAGACUCCAAGAUACAAAAAAAAAUGGCUGUAUUUUCACUCUCAGCUUCAUCCUCCUCCUUCAUCGUCUCCUCCUCCUCUACCUGUUCCUCUUCCACCAAGCCACCUUUCCCAUCGUCCUCAAAGACCCUAAGCAAAACCCCCUUCAUUGGGCUCUCUGCGGUCCAAUCCCCAAAGCUGUGGCUUCCCACAACAGCCUCUCCUACUUUCAGCAAUGAAGGCAGUUCAAGACGCAGCUUUAAGGUUCACAGCACGCAGGAACUUACCCGGGUCCCUUUGGAUGAGCGAUGGAUGUGGGAAGAGGACGAAGUCGACGGCAUUGAUAUUUGGAACAAGACCUGGUAUCCGAAAGCUGCAGACCAUGUCAAUACUGACAAGCCAUGGUACAUUGUUGAUGCGACUGACAAAAUUCUUGGGAGACUAGCAUCCACAAUCGCGAUUUUCAUCCGUGGAAAAAAUUUGGCAACGUACACUCCUAGUGUUGACAUGGGUGCAUUUGUGAUUGUGGUAAAUGCAGAAAAGGUUGCUGUCUCCGGGAAGAAAAGAAAUCAAAAGCUCUACAGGAGGCAUUCUGGACGACCCGGUGGUAUGACCGUGGAGACUUUUGACCAGUUGCAGCAGCGUAUACCAGAGAGGAUUAUCGAACAUGCUGUUCGUGGUAUGCUUCCAAAGGGAAGGCUUGGUCGGCAGCUUUUUAACCACCUGAAGGUUUACAAGGGACCAGACCACCCCCAUGAAGCCCAGAUGCCGGUUGAACUUCCAAUCAGAGAUAAGAGGAUUAUGAUACAGAGAUAGAUAUAUUCGGUUUUUUGUAACCCUCAUCCUUUUCCUCAUAGUUGUACUUAUCCAACAUGAAUUGUGUACCUUGAUUUAAAUGUGCUAGCAUUAGUAUUUGGAAGGAGAAUUUGAACUGGGA